AGAUCACACGAGUCAUUUUUUGUGUCUUCCUCGAGACUGAUUUUGCCAUUUACAAGAAGAAAAUGGCCAUCAUCUUUCAAGACAAUGACAUCGAGGUUACGGAGGAGCAGCUGAAGGGAGACAGCACACCUCCAUCAACAAAAUCUACAACAAAGGAAGAGGCAGAGGAUGGCGAAAAGGGUAAAGAGGAAGCUCAUGACGAAGAGGAGAAGAACGAUGAACUGGAAGAUGAAGACAUGCCGAGUCAACCCCAAGAUGAGGAUGAAAAUUCAAACAAAAUGGAGUCGGAACAGCAACAGAAUGACGAACAUGAAAAGUGUGAAGAAAAAGAAGAAGAGGAGAGCAAAAUGGUCACUAACAUCGAGGAAGAUGACAAUAAACAGGACACCAGCAAAGAAAAGGAGGAUAACAAAGAUCAAGAACAACUUGUCCCAAGGAAAGAUAACGACCCACCAGAUCCCAGCAUGGAGAUGGAAGAUUCCUCUGAACCCAACGCUGGCACCAGCAACGGCGAGGAUAUAAAACCUGUUGAGAAUCCAGAAAAAUCUUCUUUGACAAAACCUGAAGACCCAAAGCCCAAAGAAUCUGCUGAGAACAAAGAAUGACCUACUGAGAGGAGAACAAUCAACCUCAUCUGACAGCCAGUAAACUGUGCAAAGGCCAACCCCACUGGUGUCAGACGGGUCCAUGUCAGAAUGGGCUCUGACACUGGCCCAGGACAACCAGAAACUUCACAUGAUGCUCACAACCCCAACUUUAAUUAGCUCUCCACCUUUUAAUUCUUCCCUGAAGUAUGUAUGUACUGUAUGUAAAUGUAUGUAUGUACAAAACCUUGCUAUAGGACUUGAACAUAUCAACCAGAAAAGAAGAGCCAUACCUCACUGUGUGUUAGUCAUCCAUCAUUUUGCCAGCAGGGUGCAAAGAGACGAACCAGGUUCAAGUGUUUAUUUGCUAAAAGCCACUGUGAGAGCUCGGUCAAGCUGUCAGAGGGCAGCAGCCGCAGCUCCUACAUGUUGACACUCCUGACUGGAUGAGGCUUAACAUCAACCUUUUUGUUCCUACAAUUCCAACUUGGCAAUAUACAGGUUCAUGUUCUGCAUUUAUGGGGCUUUUAGAUUGCACCGUUGGUGCAGCGCCAAGUCAAAUUAGCCAAUAACUGCAAGGCAACGUGCCAUUCCCUGGCAACUCAUGCGUUAACAUCCCAGAUCACACAAACCAGGAUGCGGCCGUCUCUUGACAAAUUGAUUAGCCCUUUUUUUUUUCCUCCCCCUGUUUUCUUCGCCUUUUCCAGUGCAUGCCAGAAAAUUGCUUUGAAUUUCACUGUCAUAAAAAAACAAAGAACUAGCCCUUCUUCACUUUUGCUCGUCUUCUUUCCAGAUUGUUUAUAAUUGUACGGGAAGGAAUCUGCCUUAUUUCAUAUCAGACAAAAAAUAAUGGUAUCAGACUUAAGGAGGAGGGCCAAGUAUGAUUUUAUGCUUGUGUUUUGCUUGCAGAUGAUUUGUAUUUUUAAUUACAUCACAAUGGCUAUUGCCUGUUGUUAAACAUUUCUUGUUUUAUUGGGUUGAAUUUAAAAUGGUUUUACUUUCUUUUAAUCAUUAGCUAAUUAUUUUGGGUGGUGCCAUGCUAAAGAACAGAUGAAUUACAGUUCUAUGAAAUGAUGAUGCCUUCAUACUUUGAUGUUUGCUUUGCUAAACUAUAACAGAAACAACUAAUAAAGUUUAAAUUCAAAGC